AUGCCUCCCAAGAAAGCAACCAACGCGUCCAAGAAGGCGGCGCCCGUUGCUCACCCUUCAUACCGCGAAAUGAUCAAGGACGCCAUUGCCAACCUGAAAGAGCGCAAUGGUUCCAGCCGCCAGGCCAUUAAGAAGUAUGUCAUUUCCAACAACAAGGUCACCUUCGCGUCUCAGAGCGCUUUUGAUGCCCAGUUCAACAAGGCUAUAAAGACUAGCGUUGAGAAGGGCGAGUUCACCCAGCCCAAAGGACCCUCUGGCCCGGUGAAGCUAGCUAAGAAGGACGCGGUUGUCAAGCCUGUUGCAGAGCCCGCUGCUAAGCAUCUGGCAAAGGCUACAACCAAGAGAACUGCUACCAAAAGGGAUGCCCCCAAGAAAACUACCACUAAAGCUGCUCCUAAAAAGACCGCGACCAAGGCCGCGCCAAAGAUGGCUGCCAAGAAGGCUGCUGCGAAACCCAAGGGUACCUCUGGCAAGGCCCGCAAGACCUCAACCAUGGCCCCCGCCAUCGUAGAGAAGCCCAAGGUCGUCAGCAAGACCAAGUCCGGCCGCGUCACCAAGACUACUGCUCCCCCGACACACAAGGCCGCGACCAAGAAGCGUGCCACCAAGAAAUAG